CCCUUUUGACCCGUUCUCUCGCGAGACGUGACGCGGCUCUUCGCGAGAUCACGUCUGCAGCAGCAAAUCGGCUCCUGAAGACAAUCUGCUCGUUUCUGCGGCGGGCCAUGGAGGUGUCGUCCCACAGCCUCUUCCUGCUGCAGCAGCUCAACGUGCAGAGAGAGUUCGGCUUCCUGUGCGAUUGCACCGUUGCCAUCGGUAACGUGUACUUCAAGGCGCACCGGGCCGUGCUGGCCGCCUUCUCCAACUACUUCAAGAUGAUCUUCAUCCACCAGUCCAGUGAAUGUAUAAAGAUCCAGCCCACCGACAUCCAGCCGGACGUCUUCAGCUACCUGCUGCAUAUCAUGUACACCGGGAUGUGUCCCAAGCAGCCGGUGGACCAGAGCCGGCUGCAGGACGGCAUCAAGUUCCUGCACGCCUACCAGCUGUGCCGCAAGCCGGGCGACGCUGCCGCCGAUGCCGCCGCCGACGGCGUCCGCAUGUCCAACCUGUACGGCAUCCAGAUCUCCUCCCAGCUGGCCAGCAAAGACACGCCAGGCGUCCCCAAGGCCGCCGCGGCGUCCCGGGUGGCCCCCGAGCCGCGGUCCCAGCUGGCCCUUGCCGUGGGACUGGACGCCGUCCCACAGGACCACCAGCAGCCGGCGCUGCGCAACAUCUGCUCCGUGACGUCGGCGGACGACUCAGACGUCUCCGGCCGUAUCAAACAGGAACGGGUGGAGGAGGAGGACGGCGAGGAGGAGGAUGGGGGUCGACAGGGGGGCAGCCCGCUGUUCAAAGGGCGCCCCCUGCUGCUACAGUGCCCGCGCUGCGGGGAGCGCUGCUCCUCGCCGGAGGACCUGAGGGAGCACCUGUUCAGCCACGCCCUGGACCCCACACGCCUCAUGGACGGGCUGCUGCCGCCGCCGGGCGCCGACGAUCCGCUGCCGGGCGCCGCCGAGCCGCUGGACGCCGGCUGCCUGGAGGAGGCGCUGCGGCAGAGCCAGGUGCUCGCCAACCAGCUGGCGGCGGAGCUGAGGCGCAGCCGCGGCGACGGCGACACAAGCCCCGCCCCCACUGUGCUCCACUCCCGCAAGCGGAAGAUCGCCUGCGCCGUCUGCAGCCUGCGCUUCUCCCACAAGAGCCAGCUGCAGGAACACAUGUACAGCCACACCGGCAAGCCGGGCCGCUUCCACCGCUACAACCGCCUCUGCAGCCAGCUCUUCCAGGGCUCCGCCCACUUCUGUGACGCCGCCGCUGCCGCCGGCGAGCCGGGCGGAGGGGGCGGGGCCUCGGCCGCGCUCUGCGAGGACGCCAACCGGGACACGCAGGACAACGGCAGCUCCUGCUACUCGCUGGACUCCGAGGUGUCCCAGGAGAGCGUGGACGGCGUUCCCGUCGAGUGAUGAUGAUGUCAUCAUCGGGGACCGCGUUCCUGUGCAGGUGUGAG